GCGGAGCCGCGCGGAGGAAGUUUGAACGGUGGCGGGUACCGGAGCCGCUGAUGGAGUCCGUGCUGAAAGGUAGCGGCUGGGCUCCGCGCGGGGAGCCGCCGGGCUGCGGUGGGCCCCUCCACGCGGCCUUCCACUUGGGGGCUGCCGGCCUUGGGGCUGUCGGCCGUGAGGUUCCGGCUGGUGGCGGUCUUCUCGUUCCUUUGCGGCCUUCUCUGGCGUGGCUCGCCCUGCAGCCGCAGGAAGGGACGGGGCGGGCAGCGCCGUGGUGCUUCACAGUCCCUCUGGGGUCCCGGCGAGCGGCUCUCGGUUGUCGCUUCCCCACUACAGCCGCCACCUUUGAGGCCUAUUAACUUUUAGAGGAACCUGCCUCUUUCAGAGCUCUUCUAGCUCAGAAAAGCUCCGGACUUCCUGGCUUUCCCUUACAUCUGCAAUGCAAAAACUACGUAGUGUUUUCUUUGUUGUUUCCUAAAUGGGGUAAUUACUGUAAAGCAUCCCUUUGGUCCUAUGGUGGGCGGGUGCUGCUUUGAAGAGAGUUCUCUGAGUUCCCAGCAUGGCCUUCACUGGUAUAUGUGCAUUUGUAGAAGUUUGGUCAUCUAGCAGAACAGAAAAUUACUCAAAAGCCUUUGAGCAGCAACUUCUUGAUAUGGGAGCAAAAGUUUCAAAAACUUUCAACAAGCGUGUGACACAUGUAGUCUUCAAAGAUGGACAUUCAACUACAUGGAGAAAAGCACAGGAUGCUGGUGUAAAGACUGUUUCUGUACUCUGGGUGGAGAAAUGUCGAGAAACUGGAGUACGCGUUGAUGAAUCUUUAUUUCCUGCAGUAUACAAUAAUGAUGGGUUACCACUAAAACACAAAUGUAUGCAGCCAAAGGACUUUGUUGAGAAAACUCCAGAAAAUGAUAGAAAGCUGCAGAGAAGACUGGACCGAAUGGCUAAGGAAUUAGCUCAGCAAAGGAUAGGAAUUAAUGCAGAAACUGAUAUACCAGUUUUACUGUUUGAAGAUGAUGGUUCACUUGUGUAUAGCCCUGUUUCUAAAAUAAGAGAUCAAUGCAGUGAAAUGGAAAGAAGAAUAAAUGAGAUGAAGGAGAAAAGAGAAAAUCUUUCUCCUACUGCUUCCCAAAUGUUUCAAGCAUCCCCACGUUGCUCACAAGGAGACUGCCCGCUGUCUACCUCUUUAACUAAUUCAGAAGACGCAGUAUUGCAAGGGGAAAAAAAGAAAGACUGCUUAAACUCAAGUUUUGAUGACUUUUUUGGAACUGUUACAUCAAAGAGACAGAAAAAAGAGGUAGAAAAUACCUGCAAUACUCAGACUUGUACUCACGUUUCUAUGAGUGCUUCAAAGAAUUCUCUCUCAUGUGGCUGUGACCAGAAGAGCUUAACCCGGAAACAAGCUAGCAGAAGAAGCAUAGGUGAUGAAAAUCACGUGUCAGAGUAUGAUGGCUCUUGCAAAGUUUUUAAGGAGCAAAAAAAUAAGCGCAACGGGAAUGUAAGAAAAGCUAGAAGACUCCAGAAGCCAACAAGGACACUAGUCAUGACCAGUAUGUCUUCUGAGAAACAAAGUAUGGUAAUUCAGGUGGUGAAUAAACUUGGAGACUUCUUGUUCUCAGAUGAUGUAUGUGAGACAACAAGUCAUGUAGUUACAGGGAGUCCUCGUCGUACCUUGAAUGUUAUGCUGGGAAUUGCUCGUGGGUGUUGGAUUGUUUCUUAUGAAUGGGUUCUGUGUUCUUUGGAAUUUGGGCACUGGAUCUCAGAGGAACCAUAUGAACUUUCUUCCAACUUCCCAGCUGCUCCUAUCUGCAGGCUUCAGCGUCACCUAUCAACAGGAAUCUACCAGCUGAAUCUGUUUUCAAACCAGCCUGUGAUGUUUGUAUCUCCCACCAGCCAGCCACCCUGCAAAAAGCUGAUGGAGCUUAUAGAGCUGUCAGGAGGAAAGAUCUGUAAAGCCCUACGGCAGGCAAAAAUCUGCAUAGGAAAAUACCCAGGAAAGAAGUACCAGGAAAUAAAAUGUCUAUCAGAAAAAUGGAUUUUAGAUUCAAUCACUCAGCAUACAGUAUGUCCUAUGGAAAACUACAUUUUUCAGCUGUGAGCUAACUCAAGAGCUUCCAUAUGGCUGUAAGGAAACAAGCCUGCUUUGGCCUCAGCAACUAACUAAGCUGUGAAUUAAAUUUCUAAGAGAAUGCAAAUUACAUAUUUAUAAAUAUAGUUUAAUGUUUUUAAAUUUUUCUUACUUGUGUACAUGAUGAUUUUUGUUUCCUUUUAAUAAAGUUCUUUGAUGAAAGUCA